AUGGUCGCCCCCAGGAAUACCGCGUAUGCGGAGGAGAGCGCAGAGGUGGAGGUGCUCUACGCGAAUCUCGAAAAGCUUAACCGUCUCACCAAAAAGAUUCAAGGGUCCAUGGUCCGCCUGGAGACUAGUGGUAAAGUGGUGAAGGAGGCCAUUGGCCCAAUCUAUAGCAACACACAAUCCCUUCAGAUUACCAACUCCAAUAUCGAUAAGGUCAACGAUGCCAUCGACCGCCUCCGCCAGCCUCUCGACGCAAAGAGUCGAGAGGAGGGUAUCAUUCGCGCAGGACCGCAAAGCUCCGGCCUUUCACAUUACCUAUCGGCGAUGAAACGUGUUGAAAAGGCGCUGGUCGACCUUAACACGACGAACCUUCGGUCAAACCAGAAAGCAAUGGCAGACUUCAACUCCCUCCUGAGUACAGGAAGCAGCCAAUUACAAGAAAUGCUCCGAUCCGAAUUGAAGCAACAUGCCACCUCUAUCGAGCCAUUGCACUAUCUCACCAAAGAACUCCCCUUCCCAACUAUCCCUGAAGAAACACUCUCACAACUGGCGCCACUGUGCGCAGCAAUUGCCUCGGCAUCCACCCUGGGCCCUUCGCGCAAUAAAGGGGAGAACCCGGCAAUGAAGAUUUAUGCCGAUGUACGCGGGCCGUAUAUUACCUCUGGUCUGCAGAAUCUAUCCAUCGCAUCUCUCAAUACCGUGAAGCGAAGACCGACCGACGGGCCUUACAAACAAGGGACCAACGGUAUUGGGAUUUACUCCAAUGCAUUGGAAGCAUUCAUCAAUAUUGAGCAUGAAAUCAUUGUACAGUUGUUCCCUGGGGAUCAGCAAGGGCUCGCUUUGCAAGCCACCUUCCUCUCGGCGAUGGGAGAGUACUCCAAGACGCUGCGCGAACUUAACAUGUACAUCCGGCAAAAUCUCAUGACGGACUGCUUCCUCGCAUUCGAAAUCAUCGAGAUUGUGACUGCGAUGUCCUACCGUAUCGAUUCUAAGACUGCGGAGUUGAAGGGUCUGUUGAUAGAGGCGCUGCGACCUGUGCGUGAAACCGCCAAAUCUUCCCUAUCUGAGCUGCUCGAGGAAACCAAACGCAAGGCAGCCACCGUGGCCUUGCCUCCAGAUGGAGGAUCCGUCCCAUUAGUUGAGGAAGUCAUGAACUCCCUUGCCACAUUGACUGGUUAUUCGGGUCCAUUGGCAUCCAUCUUAACCUCCCUAGGCGAUGGCAACUGGCGCUCAAACUCGAGCACCGCCGGUACAGCGCCCCUGGAUGUUGGGCCAGACAGUGGCACCCUUUUCUCCCACUUUAUUCUGGAUAUGAUUGAAUCUUUAAUGACCGCUUUGGAGGCGCGUGGCCGAACCUUCCAUCGUUCAAAAGCUACCUUGGGUGUGUUUUUGUCCAACGUCUUCUGCAUUGUCGAUCGGAUGAUCCGACAAAGCCCCGAAUUGGCGCGCUACUUGGGGGCUCCGGACAGCAUUGCCCGUAUCGACACCUUCCGCAAGCGUGCCACAUCAACCUACCUUGACGCAUGGAAGGAGACAUCGCAAUUUCUUCUGGAUGUGCAGUACACCUCCCGCUCCGGAGCACGACCUAACUCCGGAGGCGCCGUGGAUUCCAGCAGUAUCGUGAAGAGCUUAUCAUCGAAAGACAAAGAUGCAAUCAAAGACAAGUUCAAGUCGUUCAAUGCCAGCUUUGACGAUAUGCUCUCCCGGCACAAAUCCCUUCAUAUGGAACGGGAAGUACGCUCGGUGCUGGGACGAGAGUUGCAGGCAGUUCUUGAGCCACUUUAUGCCCGAUUCUAUGACCGCUAUGUGGAGAUUGACAAGGGCCGUGGCAAGUAUAUCAAGUACGACAAGUCGAACCUGUCGGUGCAAUUGGCCCAGCUUGCAUCAUAG